AGCCGGCACUACUUCCCUGCCAGCAGCUUCAUUGUGUGCGCGAGGAGCGAGCGGCGGCGGAGAGCGGGCGGGUGAUCGAGCAGCAGCCCGAGCGCGCCGGGGAGAGGGAGAGCGAGCGCGCCGGGGAGCGUGCGAGGCGGCGCCCGCGGCUGAGCUCCGCCCGACUCCCGGCAACUCUGCCCCAGCGCCGCGUGCUGUGCGCGCCGUCCCGCCGCCACAACCGGGGUCCCGCCGCCACCUCCGUAGUCUCGCCGGCUGCCGUCGCAGGCAGGGGUCUGGUCGGGACAGGGGUACCUGCCCUGGGACUGGGGCAUCCCGGUGCAGCUGAGAGGCGCGGAGCCCGCGGGGGGUGUCAGUUGCACUGCAGCGCCCGCCUGCUGAACUGCGUGGGCAGGAGGGCUGUGAGGCUCCUGGGCGCCCCGAGGGCAGGGUCCCCUGACUUCUGGGGAACCCCAAUCCCGGGGUUCAUAUAGAGCGAGCGCGCCCCGCAGCCGCAUCGGACCUUGCGCUCAUUCCCCUGCGUACCCCACUUCUACACAAACUUUUCUGACGCCUUCGCCCGUGGGGGUCGCAGAAAGCGCUGGGCUGUCCGCUGGGCUCCCGCCCCGCCGGACCCUAGCCACGCUGACCUCCUGCCUCUUGUAGCCUCAGUGGCGACCUCUCCAGGCCGGGCCAGGCAAGGCACUUGAGGCGAGCGCGGCAACCCCCGGUUGCUCUCCGAAGGCUCCCGCGCCCCCUGGGGCAGCUGGGCGGGGUAAUGCCCUCGGUGAUGGAGAAGCCGAGCGCGGGCUCCGGGAUUCUGUCCCGCAGCCGGGCCAAGACGGCGCCCAACGGAGGACAGCCCCACUCGGAGGAUGACAGCAGCGAGGAGGAACACUCGCAUGACAGCAUGAUCCGCGUUGGAACCAAUUACCAGGCCGUAAUUCCGGAGUGCAAGCCUGAGAGCCCUGCACGCUACAGCAACAAGGAGCUGAAGGGGAUGCUGGUGUGGUCGCCCAACCACUGCGUGUCCGAUGCCAAGCUUGACAAGUACAUUGCGAUGGCCAAGGAAAAGCAUGGCUACAACAUCGAGCAGGCACUGGGCAUGCUCCUGUGGCAUAAGCACGAUGUGGAGAAGUCACUGGCCGACCUGGCCAACUUUACCCCGUUCCCCGACGAGUGGACUGUGGAGGACAAGGUGCUGUUUGAACAGGCCUUCGGCUUCCAUGGCAAGUGCUUCCAGCGGAUCCAGCAGAUGCUGCCCGACAAGCUGAUCCCCAGCCUGGUGAAGUAUUACUACUCUUGGAAGAAGACCCGCAGCCGGACCAGUGUGAUGGACAGACAGGCCCGGCGGCUGGGGGGCCGAAAGGACAAAGAAGAGAGCGAUGAGCUGGAAGAGGGACGAGGAGCUGUGAGUGAGGGAGAGCCAGACACUGGAGACCCCAAGAGAGAGCCUCUGCCCUCUAGGCCCCUGAAUGCCCGCCCAGGACCUGGGAAGAAGGAGGCCCAGGGGUCUCAGUAUCGCCACCACCCACUGAGAACCCGGCGGCGCCCCCCCAAGGGCAUGUACCUGAGCCCAGAGGGCCUCACUGCCGUGUCGGGGAGCCCGGACCUUGCCAACCUCACACUCCGAGGCCUUGACUCCCAGCUCAUCUCCCUCAAGCGCCAGGUGCAAAGCAUGAAGCAGACCAAUAGCAGCCUCCGCCAAGCCCUGGAGGGCGGCAUCGAUCCGCUCCGUCCCCCCGAGGCCAACACCAAGUUCAACUCCCGCUGGACCACAGACGAGCAGCUCCUAGCUGUGCAAGGUCCAGAUCACGUCCGUCUCCACAUCCGUGCCCCGGGCCGUGCCCCCUGCGCCGCCCCCCCCUCCAGCUCCCACUUCGCUGUCCCAGCCCCCCCCACUGCUGAGGCCCCCAUUGCCCACGGCCCCCACCCUGCUUCGCCAGCCACCCCCACUACAGCAGGGCCGCUUCCUCCAGCCCCGGCUGGCCCCCAACCAGCCCCCGCCACCUCUUAUCCGCCCUGCUCUGGCCGCCUCCCGCCACAGUGCCCGCCCCGGCCCUCAGCCCCCACCCACCCUGAUCGGAGCCCCCCUGGAGCCUCCGGCACCCCCACUUUGAGCCCCGAGGCUCCCCUCCAACCAGAGGCUCCCGAACACCUUUGCUGGCCGUGUUUGGGCACCUCUGGCCUCGCAGAGGACAGGAGGGACUCCAGCUCUUGCCAGUCCGUCGGAGACCCAGAGCCGCUGACCGUCUCGGGCAGAAGAGCACCGCCGUUCUGACCCGUGUUUCGGGCGGCCGAGCCCACCUCUCCCACCACCCCAGCCGGGGGCCGGGCCUCGGCCCUUCAGAGCUGGCCUGGGGGACUGGCUCUUCCUGGACGGGACUGGAAUGGCUGCCUCCUGGCCUGCUGGGGUUUGGCCUUUGGGCCCUACCCUUCAUGUAGAGGGGUAGAGAUUGUAGCUUAGGGGGCGGGGGCGAGGACAUGCCGGCCUGUUGGCCGUUCUUCCUCUCUCCCUUCUUGUAGCAAUAAGCCUGGGGUGAGGUAGGGAGGGGCUGGAGGGA